AUGGCCUCCGAGACUCCUCGCCUAUCGGCAGAAUUCCUCCAGUCAUUGCUGGGCCAAGGCAACACGGCUCAGCGUGUACGACAGUACAUGUGUGCCAUAGUCACGCUCUCCUCGCUCAACUAUCCCGAUGUCAUCCCCCACGUCUAUGAACACCUUUCUAGCAAUCUCUUGGCGGAAUUGACACCCGUUGAGCGGCAAGAAGCCGUCCGGAAAGUACGUGAGGGCUUGAUCAAGUCCACCGGAAUAGCAGGUGCAGCCCGGACUGGGAACGCCAUGCGGACCCUGUCUCGAUGCCUACCGGACGAAUACAGGGAAACAGAGUCACCGAGAUCGAAGGAGUCGGAAGAGCAUGCCAAGAAACGGGGUCGCGAGUUUUGGCUUAGCAUCUAUGCAAGAAACCCCGAAUUUGAUCCCGAGGCAACCGUGAGGGCAAGCCCAGACUAUACCUUUGUUGUGCGAGGUAACGUUUUCCUAAUCCCGGUAUGA